CGUAUUCGACUGCAUGGUGAGGUGCCUAGAUGCUCGGUGCUGCAAGGAUAGGGGAAGUGCGUGAAGCUGCAGAAGCUUGCAGCAGCAAGCUGCCAACCUCCAGCCACACCGCGCUCUUCUCCACGCCCCGUCCUGGUACAUCAGCCAGUGAGACUGGGCGAUCCGUCGAUGGCCUGACUUUCCGCUCCUCGCUCGCGCUGCCUGCCGGGUCCCGAGUGGUGGCUUGAAGGCCGUGACUGCAGGGCGGGCCUUUGAGCUGCAUCCCCCAUCACCACCACCCCCUCGGCAGCACUAGUGUGUGUGUGUGCCACCCUUGCCCAACCUCCCCCCUCCAAGCCUGCUUUUUUUUGCUGCCAAGCCGAUCAGCGCCAACCCGGCCGAGGGAGGGCAGGCCAGAGCUUGUUGGUCUCGGCUGUGCGUCUCGUGCGAUGUGACCGGAGUAGGGCAUGGGAUGGGACAGCAUGAGAUGGGUUCUACGAGGGGAGGAGAGCAACGCUAGCUGGCCUCGGUGCUACGCUGCCGGCAGCGUGGAAGAUGUCAUCGAAACCACCCCGCCCCGUUGUUUUCUCUAUGCCUAGGACGUCCGAGUGGGCUGCCCAUAUCGGCGAGCCGGGAGGACGGACGAGCUGGUCGAUAUAAACCGGCCCCGUCGCCCUUCCUCUCGUGCUCGAUUCCCUGGUUCUCUCCAUCCCACCGCGGCCUCCUCACUUGUCCAUCAGCCUCCACCCUCCCCGGCUCGACCCAAGUAGCUCGUUCGCUAAGGUUACUUGACCCUUCGUUUUAGAGGUCAUCCCACUUUCGCUCUACACACCCUCGCUGUUGUCACGAUGAAGGCCGCGUUCGCUUUCCUGGGUCUGGCAGCUUCGGUCCUCGCGACCGGCGGUCAAGACUGGGACAAGGGCAAGACAGUUACGAAAACGACUGUGAUAGAUGUCGUCUACACAACGACGUGCCCUGUCACCGAGACUAUUCACAAGCCGGGUAAAGUUGAGACGACGACAUUCACAACCACGUCCGUGGUGUGGACCAAGGUGCCGACGGUCAUCUACACAACUUUGUACGGCGCGGACAAGACGGAGACGGCCAAGGAAGUCGUCCACGUUACCCACACCAAAUUUUUGCCCACUACGGAGACCAAGGUUCUGGAUGGACAGACGAGAACCAUUACCUAUACCAAGACGCAACUUGUCGAAGAGGUUGUCCCCACGACGAUCAAAGUUUACACCACCCAAGAAACUACGAAGUAUGUGAAGACAGAAGUCCAUGAAACCGUGACCUGCCCUGUCACAACGUACACGACAGUUAUCGAAGGGGAAACCAAGACGGUGGUCAAGACGAACACUAUCACGGUCAAAGUAACCGAUGCGAUCACGGUGACUGAGCUGCGUCCUGUCACGCGGACUGCGAAUGUCGACCAGACCGUGAAAGUGACGGUACCCGGAGGGGUCACAACCAUAAAUUCGCCCACCGUCGUCGUCACGAUGAGUGGAACACAGACUCAGACGAUCCCGGGCCCCCCGGGCACAGUCGUAACCCCGACCACUCUCACCACGUCGAGGCCCGCCGCGCCCCCGGCCACCAGCGCGCCGGCCACCACCUCCCCGGUCCCGGCCGCCGGCGCCCGCAUCGACAAUGCGCCCGCCCUCGCCCUCCUGGCCGGGCUCCUUGGCGCUGUUGCCCUCCUCUGAGUACGCCCUCGAGAAGACAUUUUACCACUCACUUUGCUCUCUUUUUUCCCCCUACACUCGAACGACUUCCACGAAACAAGGACAUGUAAUGUUAAUUAAGCGGCUAUCUUUUCUGUUUUUUGAGCAUUAAUUUAAAAAAAGACAAAUAAUGAAGUGAUAUCACAUCGUUCGUAUCUGUGGGAAUGUUUGUCUAUGCCGUAGAUAGGUCUCCGGCACAACGCGCGACAUAUAAUAUCCAGU